GACUGUCUUCACGAUGGUGACGACUCUACUAACAGUUUUGAUUUGUUUUAUCACUAAAACAAGUUCAGUCGAAAACGUUUAUUCGGACAAUGGUUGGAGACCCAUAUCAAACGAAAACGUCGAUGAAUUAGGAAGAAAUUUCAUUAAAACGCCUGCAAACGUACAUUUUCCAGCCGAGAGAAAUUUUCCCGAAUCGCCGGACAAUUUGUUAGAAAAAAGAAAUGAUUUUGCAAGAACAACGCUAAACACGGAAACUAUCGACGGUUAUUCAACGGAUGCUCCCAGAGGAAUUGAAAAUGAUAAAAGUGCGGAAGAUGCUAAAGGUAUUAAAAAAUCUGGUUCUACAAUUGACGAAAACUUUAGAAGGGCAAAGAAAUUCGUAGAAAGAAAAAUAUCUGCACUAAAUAAUGCUCUUAUAGACGAAACAGUGCAAGAUCAAAAACAGACUGAAGAAUUGUUUUAUGAGAAAGAAAAUAAUAAGAAAACAACAAGACCCAAUAACAUCUACGAAGUGAAGGAAGUCACCGAUUCUGAUUUAUUAACUUCCGAUCAAAACCUUCAACAUCACAGAAGAUAUUUUUAUGAACCUUUUAAACUAAAAACUUCUACUAGCAAUAAUUUCACCAGUAACCUUUUUAGUAUCCUUGCAAAUUAUAAUAUCAGGACCAGUGAUAAACUGCCAAACUAUGCCCUCUCGCUGAGACCAAACAGUCGCAAUUCGGAUAAUCACGAUUUCGUAUACGUGCACGUCCCUAUAAAAAUACCCUUGAGAUAUAAUAACGCUAAUCAUUUACCUCUGGACCCCCUGCUCGCUGUUUUUCUGUCGAACUAUGGUCAUUACAUACCGGGACUGUACGGGUAUCCGAGAGGUUUCAGUAACCUGUACGGUAAUCUCGCCUCCAACAACAUACACAAUAAUAAGCCGUUUGGAUCUUACAAACUGUUUUCCGAUACGGAUAAUUCCAAUUUAUAAAUGUUUCUGGGAGCGUUUUAUUAAAAUGUUUGCUUUUCUCAUCACACUACCAAGUCUGGAAUAUUAUUUAGAAAAACAUUUGCUCGUAUUUUUAACCAGUUAUGGAGAUAUUUUUGGUUAUAAAUUCGGCUCUCAUGUCUCUUUACCAAAAGUUGUUUUUGUAUUUCAGUUUUGUGUAAAAAUAAAAGUUUAAAACCUUU